GCUAGUCCUCCGCCCCAGUCGCUUCCUAGACCUUCAAGCAUAUACAUUGUCUGGCGCUCAAGAUUUCCGUUACUUGAGAGGAUACUUUGAGAACAGAGUAUACUUUGUGAUGCAGUGUCUAUCAGCCUUGGUGGUGUGUGUGUCCCUGGCGGCGACCGUGGCGGCGGCGGGGCUGACCAGACACGGCAGGACCAGGCUGCCUGAGGGCGCCCAGGACUACCCUGAGCUCUGGUUUACUCAGACCCUAGACCACUUCAACCCAACCAACACUCAGACAUGGCAACAGAGGUACUAUGCCAAUGAAUCGUUUUACAAGCCUGGUGGACCAGUCUUCCUGAUGAUUGGGGGUGAAGGGCCUGCCAAUUCGGCGUGGAUGCAGGAGGGAGCUUGGAUUACAUAUGCCGAAGAUGUUAAUGCCUAUCUACUCUACUUGGAGCAUAGAUUCUAUGGCAAAAGCCAUCCCACUGAGGAUGUUUCAGUAGAAAAUCUGGAAUACUUGAGCAGCGAACAAGCCCUUGCAGAUUUGGCAGUCUUUACUGUAAGCAUGCAAGAAAGUCUAGAUUUAAAAGAAAAUAAAUGGAUAGCAUUUGGUGGAUCGUAUCCAGGAUCUCUAGCAGCCUGGUACCGCUUGAAGUAUCCACAUCUGGUACACGGAGCUGUUGCUACAAGUGCUCCAAUUCUGGCUCAGGUUAAUUUUCUAGAAUAUCUGGAAGUGGUUCGGGAUUCUCUUGCAACAUAUGGAGAAGUUUGCAAUUCAGAGAUCAAGGAAGCGCAUCGUCAGCUCCAUACGCUGCUUCAGGACAACACAGGAUGGAACAGCAUCACCGAGGAGUUUAGAUUGUGCACUCCUUUGGAUGGAACUAACGAACUAGAUGUUGCAAAUUUAUUCUCUUUAUUGACUGAGAACGUGGAAGGUGUGGUGCAGUACAACAAGGACAACCGAGCAUUUGAAGGUGCCAAGGACACUAACAUUACCAUCGACACAGUGUGUGGCAUGAUGACUGACCAAGCCAUAGGUGAUCCAAUUGCAAGAUAUGCAGCAGUAAACGCGAUGAUGUUGGAUGUUUAUGAGGAGGAAUGUUUGGACCACACAUAUGACUCCAUGAUUAAUGAGUUGCGAGCUACCAGUUGGGAGAAUAACACAAGUGGAGGUCGCACUUGGACUUAUCAGACUUGCACAGAGUUUGGAUUCUAUCAAAGCUCAGACUCGUUGAACCAGCCAUUUGGAAAUGAGUUUCCUAUUGAGUUCUUCACUAAGCAAUGUGAAGAUAUAUUUGGGCCAGG